UUUACCCAUGAAUCACCUGUAGUGGGCAGGGUAUGAAGGAUAAUGGAAAUUGUGGGGUAAAACACAGUAAAAAAACAAUCGACCCGUUCGGUCCGAGAGUACACUCGCAUUCACAAGAAACGUAUAAUUACACCAUGCCAUUUCGAGAAUUUGCGAAGCCCUCCGUCUUGGAAUUUAGGAUCGGCCAUCAUGCGUAAGAAAACAAUGCGUAAGAAGAAAAAAUUCACCGAACUGUCACGCCUUACAAGAUACGCAAGAAUAAGGAAACGACAACGGAAAGAGAGUAGAGAAAAGGAGUUACUAGAAAUAUAUAAGAGAAUGAAAGAAUUACAAAAAGGGGAAAGAGAUAAGGAGAGUGACAAUCAGUUAACUGCUGUGAGGGACUAUAAACAGAUGAUGACCACAAGUAAACCUAGACAAAAUAUGACAUUAAGAAGAGAAAGAGUUGGAAAUGAAGAGCAAAAACUACGUCUCACUAAGAUCGAGAAUGAGAUACCCGAGUAUGAUGUGCAGCACUUCAGAGAACAGGUAGAAGAUGAAGGAUGUUCAGAUGUUGAAGUAGACCCACUGGCAGAUGAAGACCCACUGGCAGAUGAAGACCAGCCUCCAGAGAACUUGAUAUCUGUUGUUAAAGUAAAAGAUGAGCCACAGAAUGUCACAAUCUCCAUUGGUACCAGUAAUGGGACAUUAUGUUGUCAAGAGAAGUACCUCUCCUCCAGUGAAAAUAACAGCUGCUCAACAUAUAUGUGUCAUCAAGCACUACAACAUUCAGAAGCACUUCAGUGUGCUCAAGGAGAAGAUGUAACUAUUAAAGAAGAGAUAGAAGAAGAACAGUAUGGCUAAAAUAAGCUACAGGAACUGAAGAACCUCAGAAGGAAACUGUACAUCACCUCUGUGUACUUGUGUGUUGGCUUAUGUUUUUAGCAGUCAGCAGAUCAUGAAGACAAGAACAUUCUUAGCCAGUGUUUAUUUAUUUUGUUUUAUCAUCAUUAUUAUUUCACUACAGUAGCAAAAUAAUAAUGCUGUAUCAGCUAACUUGCUGAUCGGGCAGUUGGUCUGUUCUUUGUUAUGAUCUCUUUUGCCCAGUGUUAGUACUAACCAUUCUAAGUACAGGUAUACCACCAAAACCAACGAUCACAUACUGUUUAGGGGAAAUAACCAGCAAUUUUCGUUGCUACCCCGGAGAUCCGAUGAUCGGAAGAAUCUUGAAUGAGACUGUACCAGGUGCAGACUCUUACACUUGGCGACAUUGAAUCUUUACAGCCAUUUCUUCGAUCAUUCUUGAAGCUCACAGAGAUCAUCUUGCAGCUCUUCACAGUCUGUCUGGUUCUUAUUUUCCCUAAAUAACUUGGCAUCAUCCACAAGCAUCUGUAUGGAGGAGUGU